UGAAUGCGUAUGUCUCUAUAUUAAGAUACGCCGAGGUCAAUUUUAAAAUCAAAACAAAAGGGUGUACCCAGGUAGUUUUGUAACAGAUGAAAGACUCAUGUGAUGGAAAUUAAAAUGGAUUGUUGUUUAUAAAUAGUAGCUUUAAAAUGACUUAAACGAAAAAAACAACGAAACCUUGAUUUAAACUAUGUAUUAUGCAGGUACACAGUGUUAACAAUACAAAGCUCAAAAUGAAUAUGAACACAAAAUUCGCAAAACAAAAUAAAGUAGGACAGUACGGAUCUACUAUAGUUUCGUACGGCAACGGCGGAAUUUCAAACGGCGUUGUAUUCACUUCGAAAGCUUUCACCGAUUCUCUCCGUACAGCAGACGACGCUUCCGGUAGCGCGCGCAGGGAGAAGCACCUGGAUGUUCUGAAUGUUCGCUAUGUGGUGAAGGAGUGGCAGGGGCCGUGGUGGAAGGGCGCGUGCUUUCGGCGCGUGAUCGAUAAGGUGGUGCUCAACGACGUCUCGCUACGUCUAAAGCCCGGCGAGAUCACAGCCAUCCUGGGAAACUCAGGUUCAGGAAAGACGUCACUACUCGACGUUAUCGCGUGCCGCUCCUCGGGCAAGGUAACCGGAAGCAUCCUUUACAACGCAACGAAGUGCACGCGCGCUAUUGUUCAGAACCAUGCCACCUACGUCAUGCAAGCAGAUCGUCUGCUACCAAACCUCACCGUUCGGGAGACUCUCACGUACACUGCGAGACUCAAACUGCACUGCUCCAAUCAUGCGAUUGACAAAAAGGUGACCCAGGUGAUCAUGGAAAUGGGUCUUAAGGACGUUGCGGACUCUCGGGUUGGCGGCAGCAUCAUCAGAGGCAUAUCCGGUGGCGAGCAGCGUCGCGUUACCAUAGCGAUACAGCUCCUCAAAGACCCAGACAUGAUAUUUCUGGAUGAGCCCACAUCCGGCCUUGACAGCUACACUGCGCGCUAUCUGGUCUCGAACCUACGGGAUCUCGCGAGACGCGGGAAGAUCGUCCUUCUCACCAUCCACCAGCCCAGCUCCGACAUCUUCACCUUGCUGGACAAGGUGGGAAUAAUGUCCAAGGGAGAGAUGGUGUACUUUGGGUGUGCCCGGGAGAUUGUACCCUACUUCACUGCCCUCGGCUACCCCUGUGACAGAUACAUCAACCCACUAGACAGAUACGUUGACGUGGCCAGUAUAGACCGGCGAGAUAUUGAGAAGGAGCGCGAGAGUCUAGAGCGUGUGGCAAGUCUCGUGCAGGCCUUUAAAAGCUCACCGACCCACUUACAGACGAUCAAAGACAUACACGCGGACCUGAAGGAGGGACCCACGUGUAUAGAAGGGGACGCCAGGGAUCCUGGGCCCAGCUACUUCCGAGUAGUUGGGACCAUUUUGCACCGGAUGUUCCGGAAUCUUUUCCGUGAUCGAAAGGACUACGUUGCGCGCCUGCUGCUACUUCCGCUGUUCUUCCUCUUCAUCUUGAUUUUCCUGGGCCGCCUGAAGCACAACCAGCAGAGCAUUCAGGACCGCGUGGGUCUCUUGUACCAGUCAUCUACCGUGCCGCCAUUUAUGGGCAUCAUCAACAGCGUUGCGCUAUUCCCGUGUUUCCGGGACCAGUACUACCGCGAGAAGCGAGACGGUCUCUAUGGUACAGUGACAUUCCUGUUGGCCUACUCCAUACACGUGCUGCCAUUCCAUCUCAUUUCUAGCGCCAUAUUCUCAUCCAUGGUCUACUGGGUAACGGGCAUGCACCCGGGCGCUGACCACUUCGGCCUGUACUCGGUGCAGAUAUUCAUCCUGCACUACUGGGGUGAGAUGACCACCAUAGCCAUGAUGGGACUAUUCAUGAACCAGAAUCUGGCGCAGAGCGUCACGGCGCUCGUUCAAGCCGCACACGUGAUUAUCGCUUCCGGUUUUCUCAAGGACCUUCAUUCGAUCGUGAAGCCGCUACGCUGGAUCAGCUGGGCCCUCAUCCACAGGUACUCGGCCGAGAUCUUCGUAGCAAACGAGUUCAGUGGACUCAAGUUCGAGUGUCCCGGGCCGGGUCCGGACAAUGUUACCCUGCCCUGUAUGAAGUAUGGUGACGACUACAUCGACAAAUAUUAUCCGGAUAGUCCCGAGCACAUGGCGAGAAACUUUGGAAUUCUCGUCGCGUAUGCCAUAGGAACGCUGAUCCUCGCAAUAGUCUGCUUAGAGGUCAAGGGCAACAAGAACCUGCACUGACGACGCAUGCAUUUAGCAGACACCGAUUACAUGUGAUAUACGAAACCCUGGUGACACGUGAUAGGAGCGCGACCUACGCGUCACGUGAUUUUCGCGAAAAGGAUGACGUAUUAUGUGAAGGAGACUGAGGUCACAUGAUUAAGCGACACUUAUGUCACGGCAUAUAUAUUAGCGACACUGAAGUCACGUGGUAUUAGCGUGGCUGGUGUCAUGUGAUAUUAGCGAUUUUGAUACCGAGACUGAUACAUGUAUUUGAAAUAUAUUGCACACACAUAUUUACUCAUUACCAAUCUAGCCAUGCUAUUCUUCUUACAAUAAUUACACAAUAAAUCAUUAUGCGCGAGAAUACAAGUUUAAAGGAACUUUGUCACAGUUUGUGACUGUUUUUUAAGUUCGUCAUUAAAUGUUUUAUAGUUAAUGAAAAUAAAUAUCGGAACUGAAGAGAGGCAGUAUAAAACAAGAAUAAAAUAUAAGCAAGUAAAAAGUUUACAAUCUGGGCCAUAACCACUUACCUGAAAGUUUAAAAGCUGCCGUCUUAACCACUCGACCAUCGGGCGGGCUUAUACAUUACGUCAUGCCUUUUAUACUUUAUGUAAGCAAUCCGCGUAGUGUUACAAAAUAUAAAGAAAACAACAGAAAGACUACAAAGUAUUCAAUCAUUUCGCGUGUGUCAGGCAUUUUAGUUAAUCAAUUUCAAAUGAUGCUUGCUCAUACGAACGUAAUUGUGUUUUCAUUACGAGUCUACGCAAUUAGUGCUAUUUCGCAACCUGAUUUACAUGGUUCUUUUUUAAUUAUUGACAAACAGUAGUAAGAAUGUCAUUUCGACAAUCUGUGAACAUGUCCUUUGAAAUAUUUGUCUGCAUUUCUUUUAACGGAAAUGUAUGGAAUAACGGCUCAGCACCACAAAUGCACAUUCAAUGCAAAUAGGUGUACAUAAUCAGCUUUAGUCAGAAUCGCAAUCGCACAUUUCAAUGCAAACAUUUAUGAAUAUGAUAAAUCAUAAGGAUUGUAUACAUGCUAUUCUACUUAAAUUACUUAGGCAAUAUUAUUUUUAUAAUAAGGCGCGAGUGUAUUAAUUUUAAUAUGUGUCUGCUUUUAAUGAAUGUAUGGAAAAACGGCUGUUUUAAAAUCAAAUUGAAACACUAGUUUUGUUUAAAGUAAAGGUUGCUUGUUAGUAAUGUUGUUUCUAUCAGUCUUUACAUGUGUCUAUAAUUCCAUUAAAUUGUAUUCUUCAAAGUGUCGAGAUUUAAUUAAACGAGUCAUGCUAUCAUAGUUUUCGAAAUACAUGUAUCAGAUAUUAUAUCAUAUUUUUUAACAAUAUAUAUAUUAUCAAAUCAAUUCGGUUUAUUGUACUCGUUAUUAUAGUAUAGGUUAUUGUUAUUUGACAAGGUUCUGGCAUUUUUGUUGAUUUUUGCAAUAAAUUUGACGUGUU